ACCAAAAUGACAACAAGGCCCUCACCUCAACUCCUUGAAAAAUGGACAGAGCAAGACGUCCACCUGUGGCUGAUGACAGAGGUCAAAGUUCAUGAGACUCUUGCAGACAAAUUCUUUGAAGAGGAGGUCUCGGGAUCAAGUUUGGAUGUCUUUGGAAAGACAGACAUAUUGGACUUGGGAAUAAAACAUGGUCCUGCUGUCAAGAUCACAUCUUAUCUAGAAAGUCUCAAGAAAGGACCACGACCUGAGCCACAGUUCCCAGCGUAUGUGGAAAAUUGGACUAAGCAGCAAGUGACCCAGUGGUUACUACAGCAUGUGAAGGUAUAUGACAAAUAUGCAGAAAUGCUUCGAGAGGAAGAUGUGACUGGAGAUUGCCUGGUUUGCUUCAAGAAGCAGGAUUUUCUGGACUUGAAAGUUAAAAGUGGUCCUGCUGUAAAGAUUCUGGCAGAACUACACAAGUUGAACAACAAACCAGAACCGCAACUGCAACCUAUAUCUUACAUCACAGAUAUUACAGAAAAGCCAAACCCCACUCAACCUGAACUGAGUUUACCUCAGGCCAUAACAACCAAUCAACCAGAAUCACAAAACAAAAUUGAAUCAGAAACCGACAAUGUGGCUGAAGAUAAAUCUGAAAAUAUUCAGCAGCAAUUCAAUAAAGCUUCAGAGAAGGACGGAAUUCAGCAUACAAACCAAAAAGACUUGGGGGAAAGGAGAAAAGAAAUGAUUGGGACCACAGUCCAAGAAGACAAACAAAACAUCACUUUGGAAAUAAAGAAAAUUCUAGACGACCUUUCCAAAGAUGGCCUGAAAGAAUUUAAUUUCUACGAAUUCACUAAAUCUACAAAUCAAUCGAUUCCUAGAGGUAAACUAGAGGGAAAGGACACUAAGGACACAGCCAAGAUAAUGACUGACCACUAUGGAACCUAUGAGGCUGUACAAGUCACAAGAGACAUUCUACUCAACAUCAAUCAGCGCCCACUUGCUUGUGAUCUGGAGAAGAAAACUGGUCAACUGAAGCAGCAGAGUCUUCUUUCAAAAUCCCUUUUGAAGAAAGAAGCUAACCAGGGGGAGAAACUGAAGAAUUUGUUAACUUGUGGUGGUAACUCACUAGACCAAUAUGACAGAUUUGUUGUUGUUGUGAACAAGAGCAGUCCAGAACAAGUGCAGUAUCUCCAGUUUCUGACUAAGCUGAAACUAUUUUGUGUGCUAGACUUUGACCCCAACUCUGUUGCUCCUGGGGGACUCUGUCAUUCCUACCGAGAGUCAAGGUUAGCCAAUCUGCAUACUCCAUCACAAUAUCAAGGAAAGACUGACUCGGUGAUAAAGGACCUUAACCUCUGCAAGCAGACAAGCUGGAUCUUCUGCAAUGGCAGACAUGACCUUGACAGCGACUUGAACAAAGAGUUAGACUAUAAGAACUGGCUGAGGAAAUCUUGCAGAGACGUAGAACAGUUAGUAUCAUUCAUCUGCAACCACGAAGUUUUUCACCAUGGAAGAAGUCUCAUCAUAUUUCUCCUACUUUCACCUGUGGUCACUGAGAAAGACCCAAUUGUUGACAUCUACAAAUCAUUCAUAAAACACAUCAAGGAGGAAAGCAUCAUCAAUAUUUGUGAAUCUCAGUCCACUUACCAGAAAUGGAGGGAGCUGAUACAGGAAAAGUGUGAUUUCGACAUUGAAUGUCUAUCAAUAAAUGAACUAACCUUAAGUGAAAUCAAUGGUACUAUAAUGGCACUGGGGCCAUUCAAUCAGUCAUCUGGAAGGUUACUUCCCUCUUCUGGUUCCAGUGCCAUUGCCUUGAAACCGAAGGAUGAAGAUUUCAUUACUGCUCUGGAUAUUUUGUGUUUGAAUCAGUGUGAAAAUACCUAUGAUGAAAACAGUGAAGAGUUCCAAGAUUUUAGAAAGAACGUUGAGGAGGAAUUCUUCAGAGGAGGCAAAGUAAAAUGGUGGAACUUUUACUUCUGUGACAAAAACAAAGAUAAGCCAUUUAUCAAGCGGGACAAGUAUGACAAUGUGAAGAAGAUGAUCAGGUCUAACUUGAAAGAUUCAAAGGACAUGUGUGUUCUGCUCAAUCUGUUUCACCAACCGGGCUGUGGAGGUACCACCUUAGCAAUGCAUGUGAUGUGGGAUCUCCGUCAUGAGUUAAGAUGCGCUGUGCUGAAAGACAACACAGUGCCAAAAACAGAAGUAGCUACUCAAGUCAAAAGACUCAUGAAACUUGAAAGUGAGAAACCAUCUCCAGUAUUGCUGUUAGUGGAUGAUUCAACAGGAACCGAAAAUCCUAACGACCUUGUGAGCUGCAUACGUAAAGAAGUUAGUUUGAACAUUAAUGUGGAUGAUGAACCAAACUGUAAAGUCAUUAUCCUUAACUGUGUUCGUUCCCAUAGCCCAAAAGAGCAAUUCAGAAAGCACAACCCAACAGAAAGUCAACAUAUAACGUCUUCAUUGACACAAGAAGAGCAGAAGGACUUUGAAAAGAAACUCAAAGAGCUCAAAGAAACUCAUGAAAAACCUGAAAGCUUUUACAGCUUCAUGAUCAUGAAAAGUAAUUUUGAUAAGAAAUAUAUUGAUGGCAUUGCUCAUAACACACUGGAGAACUUUGAUUUCAGCCAAAAGGAGGCCCGAACGUUUGCCUUCUUAGCAUUACUGAAUACCUAUGUUGCAGAAUCCGAAAUAUCUCUCUCUCUUGCUGAAGAAUUUUUGGGAAUGAAAAUGAUACAUUGGAGAGAGGAUAGUGUACUGGACAGAAUGAAGCCAUAUUCCAACUUUCUCAUUGUACACAAGGUUGAAGACUGGGGAGGAUAUAAAGGAAUCCGAAUCCUUCAUCCGGCCAUUGCAUCUGCCUGUCUGGAAGAGUUAGAGAGAAGCUUCUCUUUAAAAGUGAGCGAUAUCACUAUGGAGGUUCUUCACUGUGAUCUCUUCUUCAGUGUUGGAGUUGCCAAACACAGAUUCUCAAUCCAACAAAUGGUAAUUGAAAGGCAGCGCAGCAAAGAUGAGAGGGGACUAUUUUCAUCUCUCAUAGACAAAGUCCACAGUCAGGAAGGAAGGAAAACUGUCCAAGAAAUAUUUGUGAAAGCAUCAUCCAGGUUUGAAAAAAGUGCAUCUAUUCCUCAGGCCCUGGCAAGAUAUUUAUACAUCAACGAAUCUGACUUCCCAGAGGCUCUGAAAUGGGCAGAAAAGGCCAAGAACAUCAAAGAAAACCCAUACACAUUCGACACAAUUGGGCAGAUUCACAAAAAACAAUUAAAAUCUAACAACAACAGAGAAAAGCAGGAAACAUCACACAAUCCAGAAGACUUAAACACAAACAUAAAAAUAGCGCAGAAUGCCAUCAGAGCAUUUCAAAGCGCUCAAAAGCUGGUAAACACAGAGGAUGACCCUGAGGAUAAAGCUGCUGCUGAUGAGUCGGAUGACUUUCCCAGAAAGUCAUAUAAUGUUUAUGGCUAUGUGGGUGUGCUGGAAAUUGCCUUCAUAAUCUUUGAGAUAUUGUGCAGAUUGCCGUUCUUUGAGGAAAGAGAUCCAAUGAAGAAGAACUACUUCCAGAGUUACCUGCAAAAACUAAUCCCAAUCACCAGCGUGCAUAAGGAUGACAAUGACAUCAACAACAGAUAUGUGGAGAUCAUCAAAGAACAUGAGCAGUUUCUCCUUGGUUUGAAAACUGAAGUUAAAGACACAUUUGAUCUUCUUGACUGUUACUUCACAUAUAUUAAAGCAAACGAUUCCGAAUUUGAUUCAAAGAAUCGUUGGACCGUCAGUGGGUUUUUUAAAGACUUUGUAAAUCUUUUUUGCACUGCAACUGAUGAAAUGCGAAAAGAACGACCAAGCAAUCCUAAUCUCAAUUUGAAAAUAGAUAUUGAAGAACGAAGAUUGAUUCUUGAAGCGAAACAUGCAGAUACAUUCACAGGGAUUCUUCAGCAUUUGGACAAGCCUGCCAAAGAGAUUGAGGAGAUCACAGCAUGCUAUGCAUUCUUGCAACAAAAACAGCAGUUUUUCAAUAAAAAACAACAGACAAAGGAAACUAUCAAUUACAUUUUGUCGAAGAUAGUUCUUUACCUUUUAAAACCAAAAUCUAAGCAUGUAAAGAGACUCAACCACCUCUCUGAUCUGCUUUUGAAAACUCUGACAGAUGUAGGACUUGGGUAUCCCUUCCCAGACCCAUACUAUCUGGCUUUGCUGCUGUUCUGGCCAAGUUCUACUCAGGAAAACCAAGAAAUCGUGACAUAUGUGAAAGCAAUUCGAAGAUCAUCCUGCAAGAGGUUCUCAUUGCUUCGAAAUAGGAGCACAGUUGCCCACCUCUACUUAGGGAAAGAAGAGGGACUCAGUAGGCUUGUUUCCAAACCUCAACUAGAUGAGAAUUUUAAAGACAUGCGACGUGACACCUUGGCACAACUUUGGCGAAAUGGAAAUAUAUUUAAAAAAAAGGCUAUUAUCAAACGUCUUCAUCGAGUCGUUGGAAACAUUGAGCAAGGAGAGGUGUUCGCCAAUUACAGAAAACUGAAAAUCCCUGUGCGUCCAGCUCUCAUUGCUGGUACAAGAAGUGGUUGCAGCACAGAAAAAGUUUCUUUCUACCUUGGCUUUGCUAUUGAUGGACCCCUUGCUUAUGACAUUCAGUAUGAAAACUAGGGUAAGGGACUGUCAAUAACAAAGUGCAAAUUGCACAAGUGCAGCAAAAGUGCCAAGACAAAUUUUAGGUUUGAAAUAUAGGCGUGACAGCCACUGAAUCACUGUGAUGGAUUCCAAAGACACCUCAAAAAAGCACAUGAGCAAAUUAUAAAUAAGACAGAUUGAAGGUACACGUGCCAAUCCUGUAGCUCAUGCAUAUUUAAUUUUGUACUCACUUUGUGACAUUUAAGCUUUUAAAAACAUUUGUUGUCUAUUUUAUGAUGAAUUUGUAUUAUUUUGUUUUUGUUUUUGCUUGUUUCAGGUGUGGCAAACUGUCUCAUUUUCAUACUCUCUCUUAAGCGUAUUUAAUCUUGUACAAACAAGUGCAACACAAGCACUGAUGCAUACAUUUUACAGCAUGAAAAAUAUGUGACAGACAGUCAUUCACUUUCCUGGAAUUUUAAACACACCCCAUCAAGAGAACUUGUGCAACCGGUGAGACAGUUUGCAAUGUACAAAAGCAAUGCUGUUGUUCUAAUAGCUUAUACAUUUACUACUUUUUUUAUUACCUCUUUUAUUUUAUCUUCAUUUUAUGUAAUUUCAUAUUUUAAAGUGUUGUCUUUACUCUUACUAGUUAUCAUUACAUGUGGCAGAGACAGAUUUCAUAGUCAAAAGGCUUUUUAUGUCACAUUAAGAUAAUAUCAUUACAUUUUUUUAAACAUUUGUUAUGUAAUUUAUAAUGAGUUUUUUAUAUCUUUUAAGUCUGUUAAAGUUGUGGCAAAGUGUCUGUUGAAAUGCAGAGUUAAAUGCCUGGCCCUGCAGCUCUAGCUACAGUGCCCUUUCCCACCUAUCUUGUUCAGACUGUUCAGUUUGAUCAGAACCAUUACAGGUGUGAAACCCACAAACAGUUGUGUAGUGGAUUUGUAGUUUGUCACAAUGUUGUUAAAACAUUAUUUUGUUUCCAUAGGCAAUUAUUUUCAUUUUAUUUUGUGCUUUGAAUUAUUUCUGUUGUGUGUUGUGUUGUACUUUAUUUUACAUUUGUGUUGCCUCUUGGAUUUGUAGUGAUUGGUAGGUCUACCUAUUUGCUUGAACAGAGUUAAUAUGUAAUUGUUUUUAAUGUAUAUUUUUAGUGAGGCACAAUCUGAUCCACUUAUUUUUUUCAUUUAAAAUGUUGUCAUUGAAUUUGCUUUCUUUUGUAUCCAGUCACAUUUUGGAGGACAUCUUUCUUUAUGAAGGCUUAAAGUAUCAAGGAUUUAUAUUGGUGCCACUCAAUUGGUUUGUGAUUGGUAUAUUAACUUUGAGGCCAAAAUUAUAAGAAUGAUUCUGAAUGUAAUAUACUGUAAUGUCAGUAAGAAUACAUGAGUAGUUGAGAAAAAUGAUAAACGUUUUAAUUGACAUGUUUGUGAAUAUUUACAUUGUGCCAUUAGUCAGAGCCACCCUAGUCAAAAGACUGGACAUGCCACUGAAAUGUAUACAAUCAUAAACUUUGCAUUGCAAACAA